AUGCUUGCGCUGAGUGCCUGUACAACCACCAAACAAAUGGAUCACUGGCAAGCCGAAGACUUCAGCCGUAGCCAGAUAGACAAUGUGCUGGUCGUCGCUGUGACCAGCAAUCAGACACAUCGCUUUCUGUUUGAAAAAGAAAUUGAACGCAGAAUACUGAAAUCUGGCCAUCAGGGUGUAACAAGCCUGGCAGUGUUGGGAGAUAGCUAUCCCACCAAAGAAGCUGUGGAAGCCUAUGUUGAAAAGCACAACAUCGAUUAUGUCAUGGCGACCAAGCUGUCAAAUUUUGAGGAAGAAAAGGACUACGUGCCGGAGUCUGUGCGCACCUAUUACACCGGGCCGUACUAUGCCGGUUACGGCUCAUACUAUGGGGGCGGUAAUACGGUGACCAUGGUACGUGAAGGCUACACGGAUGUUCGAACCACCAUGAUUCUGGUGACCACCAUAUUUGAUACAGAAACCGGAGAACCGGUCUGGCGCUUGAAUGCAGUUCUACCGCUUCUGCUGUUGUGGUGGUCGCUUUCGCCUGCCCACGCGGAAGAUGCGGAAAUUCCGUCAACGCUUGCGCAGCAGUAUACCCAGGUCUGGCUGGGCACCACGGACGCUGACGAAGCCUGGUCGAUUAAUGACCCUGCCUCAGGAGAUGAAUUGCGCGGUGACUAUGCCAACCUGCCUCUGGGGGGUGGUGUCAGUCAGAUGCUUUGGGGUGAGCGCGCGCAGUAUGGUUUUGAAGGCGGUGGAUUAGUGUCCUGGAAAAGUGACAAAGUCGAAUUCGCCGGUGGUAACCCAGGUUUGAAAGUCUCUGUAGAGGGUGAGUUUUUCAUGCUCGACUUUUUCAUGGGCGGUGUUGUUGCCGUAAGACCAACGCCGUGGCUGCGGCUUUAUGCAGCGGCAGGUCCUUCGAUCGCGUGGGGUUAUCUCAGUGGCGAUGAUGAUGCAGAAGAAGAGGGCGGGCUGCUUGUCAACGGACCGAAUAGUUUUCUGAUCAUUGAGCUUGGUGACAGCUCAAACGACUUUUCCGUUUCAGCUUAUGCUCGAGCGGGCAUCGAAGUUGAACUACGCAAUGGGAUUACCCUGGGCGCAUCAGCUCGUUAUGUAGAACAUGAUUUUGACUUUUCCGGGCGUCGUGCACUGGCGCUUGAUGACACGCAGUUCUUUCUAACUCUGGGUGGCAGGCUCUAA